AUGAGUGAAGAUGGGAACAUGCCACCAGCAGGAAGCCUUGUGAAGAGAAAAUAUAAGAGAAGGAAGUGGGAAAAUAUAAGAGCACGGCUUGUGGACAGAAAAUAUAACAUAAGGAAAUUGGAAAAUAUAAGAGAAGGAAAUGGGCUUGUCGCUUUCAAUCUUGGCUAUCUUCUUGGGGGUGACAAAACAAUUAUCACAGAGUCAGAAACAACACUGAAGGCAUUGGAAGUUGCAAAGAGUAUUGUGCUGCCUGGAGGUCUUAUCAGUUUAGUGGUUUAUGUGGGGCAUCUUGGUGGAUGUGGGAGCAUGACUUCUAAGGAACUUCUUGUGCAAUGA